AUGGCUGGAACACAAGUACAAAUACCACAGAACCUCACUACCUUGCAACAAGUAGAAUUAGACAUGAUGGCUGAUAUGUAUGGUCGUAUGACCGAAACAUGCCGAAAGAAAUGUGUCAAGCCAGAACAUAAGGCGGGUGAACUGAAUAAAGGAGAAAGUGUAUGUUUGGAUCGAUGCAUUGUCAAAUAUUUCCAAAUGCAUGAAAAUGUCGGCAAAAAUUUAAGACUUGAUUUUAAUGCCAAAUAAUUAUAUACAUAGUACUAUUUUUAGUGAAGCUCAUACUAUUAUGGAAAAAAAAAUGUAUUUAAAUUUCUUAAGUAUAAGAUCUAAUUGAUUGUAAGUCAGAUUGAAUAGUUGAGCUAGAUUAAAUUGUUUAUUUUAUAUUGUUCUAAACUGGUUAACAUAAUAAAUGUAGAUAUCUAAUAGAGUCUUAGAUAUUAUAUUAGUAUUCAAAUUAUCUAUGAGUUAUAAUAAAGGGAUAAACUUAACAAUAUAUUGUUAUUUAUUUUAGUGUAAAAUAAUUACUAUCUAAUUAAAUUUUUAUGUAAUUAUUA